AUGUCGGACCAAAGCUCAAUACCCUCUCGACCACCCACACCUGUCGCAGAGCUCCCCCCAUCAUCGCAAGUUCGCCCAUAUCGCUUUACAUGGGAUCCGACAUCGGCGCGCAAUACAGGCCCGGGUAGUGUCUCAGCCACUACAGAGGGCCAUGCAGAUUACUUCGGCAACUCUUCCCCGUAUGACUUGUACGGCAAUGCCUCAUUGGCGUCUCUGCAGCUUGGUGCCCUACCAGCUGAAUGGAGCAGUGCGAAGCAUGGGUUCCACGCGAUCUCUACUGUCGUGAAUAGCCCCCAUAGGCGUUCUGCACCUCCGAAGGCGCACUCCAGCCUCCCCUCCGUCCCUCCUGCCGAGCUACCGCGCGUACGUCGGAAAGACUUCGCCGCGUAUCUGACCGCAGUAGGUCCCGAAUGGGAACGCUUUAAGCGCAGCGCAGAGCUCGGUCGAGAGGGCACUGCGCAGCUGCCCACGACACCUCGCCCGUCAGGCUCCUUCGACGACUCAGACCUUCCGCGUACACCUCGGGGACAAUCCAGUCGAGCGCCACCUCCACUCGAAAGCGUACCUCAGGUAUUCUUUGACCCCGAUUUCAACCUCGGAGAACCUCGUACGUUCAAUGCGGUCACAGAACAAGGAGAGAACGGUGGUGCAGCAGAUACAGACCCCUCGGCACUCUCGUACUCACUACCUCUAUUGGAGAAGCUUUCGCAUCACGCCGACACAAUAGAGCAGCACUUGGUGCGCGAGAUCUCCAUCCGCUCGACUUCUUUCUUCGCUGCACUAUCCAACCUUCAAGACCUCCAAACCGAAUCCGAGCAGUGUCUGGAUCGGAUAGGAAAGCUGCGUGGCUUGCUGAAGGACGUAGACGAGAAGGGAGCGCGGAAAGGGUUGGAGAUUGUCCGGAGGGAGUGUAAGCUACGGAACCUGGAUUCGGUGAAGGAAGGUGUCAAGGUAGUAGGAGGCGUCGUGGACAUGAUGGGUGUCGCGAAGGGCUUGGUCGCAGCAGGACAGUGGGGCGAGGCGCUGGAUGUCGUUGACGAGCUGGACCGGUUAUGGGAUGCUGAUUCCACCUCGCAGCUACCCGCAGGCAAGCUUGCUGCAGAAGCUGCUCGACCGGCGAUGCCUUCUCGAGAGGGCACUCGUUCUCCUUUACCGCCAGUCCCCGAGUCUCCGCCAGAGAGCCCCAAGCCUCCCCCGCGCCCUGCUGUCCAUAUCCCGCUAUCUUCUCUCAAAGCCUUCACGUCUCUGCCUUCACACCUCCGUGCCCUCACCAUGGAGAUCACAUCAGCACUGACCUCUGAGUUUGUCAGCGUAUUGCGCCUGGAUCUCGUCGAGCACAUUGGUUUCGACGACCUGGAGGCGAGGAAGGAUGACCCAGAUGUAUCUCUCAAGGAUAGGCUAAGACCACUGCUGCAGUCUUUGGCGCGGACCAAGGGUGUGCAGGAGGCUGCGAUGUCCUGGAGGGAAGUUGUGAUGGCCGAGGUAAGGAGCAUGAUGAGGCGACGAAUACCUGCUUCUGAUCUGGAAGAAGACGUGAAUUCGUCGUCUCUUGCCAACGAACUCCGAGCUAUGUCCCAUUCUGCUUUCAUGGACCUGGCACGUAUGAUGUACAAGAGCCUACUCCGGUGUAUUGAGAGAUUACAUCGAGAAGGCAGCAUCAUCGUCGAAGUACUCCAAAGCAUUCGGUCUCCGAAGGUAUUAGCCGACGUCGCCGCGCUUCAGGAGGAGCUGUCGGGCAUCUUGUCUUCGGCCGCAGAAUUAGCCCAUACUCGGGCAUCUAGGGUAGUCGCCUUGCGUGGAGAACAACACGCAUCCCUGGAUCUCCCUAGUUUUGCAAGCUUGUUCAAUGAUUCAUGGAACUUCGUCAUUGAGUCGGAGAAGAUCUGCAGUCGUAUGAUUGUAGGCCUUCGCGGCACCAUGAUCAGCCAGGCAAAGAUAUUCUUGCAGACCUUCCAUCAAGCGCAGAUCUCACAUUCUGCAAAGUUGGUGGAAGAUGAGCAAUGGAAUGCAGCAGAAGUGGCGCCUUCGGUCCAGCACAUAGUCGAUCUCCUCGUCGACGCCUCCAUUUCGGAUCCCCCGGAGUUCCUGCUCAACCGCCCACCAGAAACACCACAUCCCGUAUCUCCUCUCCUCUCUCCACCUGCAAUGUCAUCCCAGCCACACCGGCCUGCCCCCGCAUCCCCUCUCCCCUCACCAAACUUUCCCUCCGUCCGCCCGUCUGCCUCGCGUGCAAGCUCGCGGCGUCCGAGCGGGCCAGGCAAACAUCUGCACAUUGAGGACCGGGCGUACUUCGCCGUCGGGGCGACGCUCGAGGUGCUCGUCGUCCUCGCAGACUACCUCAAGAUCAUCACUAACCUCGAGAUGCUCACGACGGAGACGAUGAGCCGCGUCAUUGAGCUACUCAAAGCGUUCAAUUCGCGAACGUGCCAGGUCGUGCUAGGCGCAGGUGCCAUGCGGUCCGCAGGGCUCAAGAACAUUACUGCGAGACAUCUUGCCCUUGCGUCACAGUCACUGUCCAUUGUUAUCUCGCUCGUUCCAUACGUUCGCGAAACGUUCCGGCGCCACCUCAGCCAGAAACAGGCCGUCAUGCUUGUGGAGUUCGACAAGCUGAAAAGGGAUUACCAAGAGCACCAGAAUGAGAUCCAUCAGAAGCUGAUCGCGAUCAUGGGCGACCGCCUGAGUGCCCAUAUCAAGUCACUCCAGGUCAGUUUCUGUAUCCUUCUGUCGAGGCCGCAUGCUAACUACGUCCUCCGCAUGUGUUCUGGAUCGCUGUAUAUAGGACGUCAAGUGGGAUGUACCCAAGGAAGGCGGCGGUGUGAAUGA